AUGGCUUGUGGCUGUGCCGUCCAACUAGUCUGCUGGAUUUGUCUAUUUUUCUGUAUCAUUCUAUUCGUUGGCUUUAUAAUGACAGUCUGGGAAGCUACCACCUCUAACAGUGACUUCUGCUCAAGGGCUCAACUGCUGACAGGUGUGGAUUGCGCUAAGAAAACGCGUCGCCUUGAAGACUCCCUUAUGAAAAUCAACAAAACAACCCGGUUCCUUCGACCACCAUCAGAAUACACCGAAGUGGUCGCUGAUUGCGAGAAAGCAGAAAGUUGCUUUACAAAAAUAACCUGUGAAGAUGGUCACGACUUUGUGGCCGAUGUGAUGGACACGUUUCCAGCAUGCAAGUUUUAUAGGUAUUAUACCGGAGAUUUUAUGGAGUGUGCUGAGAAAUUAAUGUCACUAGCACCGAAUACCACAUGCUUGAAUGCUCUGUUUAAUGCAAAACAUGUGAUCCGAUUCAACCGCUGCAAACAAUGGCUCAACAUCCAACCAUGCAUAUACGAUGCUAUCCUGAAUGAAUGUAACUUUGAUGGUAACUCCACUCAACUGGUGACCGAUUAUGCAGAGACCGCCCGAGAUUUCUACCGCUCGAUGAACUGUGAGCCAAAACCUCAACGCAUUGACACAAAUGACAUUGACUACGAGAUAAUUGGACUAGUCGGGCAGUAA